AUGACACCCAUUCCAGGUUAUCCUUUGAUUUUAUACAUUUUCAUAACUACAAUAGCAGUGGAGGCAUUACUUGAACAACUUGAUGAUGAAGGCAAGGAAAGAGCAAUUUAUUACAUCAAUCGCACAUUAGUGGGAUGUGAGCUUAAUUAUUCUCCAAUGGAAAAAGCAUGCCUAGCUGUCAUCUUUUAUUCUCAGAAGUUGCAACACUACAAGCUAAGUCAUACAGUGAAGCUCAUUUGUAAAAUUGAUCCUUUUAAAUAUCUACUUUCCAAAACCACUCUAAUAGGACGUAUGGCCAAGUGGGUCAUGUUGCUCAGCAAGUUUGACAUUCAAUAUGUGGAUCGAAAAUCUAUCAAAGGGCUGGUCAUUGCUGAUCAGUUAGAAGAAACACCAUUAUUGGAUGCAUACCCACUCAUAACAGAAUUCCCUAAUGAAUAUGUAUGCAUAGUCAGUGCACAACGUCCUUGGAAAUUAUUUUUUGAUGGUUCACAUACUCAAAGAGGCAUUGGUACAGGAUUCUUGAUUGUAACACCCCAGGGAGAUCUAAUUCCAAAAUCUUUCAAGCAGGCAUUCCCGUGCACUAAUAAUAUUGCUGAGUAUGAAGCCUUUAUCAUUAGUUUGAAGAUAACUAUCCAAUGGAAUAUAUCAAAUCUUUUGGUUUAUGGAGAUUCACAACCUAUCAUCCGACAAACUAAUGACGAAUACCAGACUAAAGAUGAUAAGCUUCUACCUUACAAAAGGAUGGUUGAUGACUUUAAGAGUAAUUUUUAG